AACUAAGAAGAAGAAGAAGAAGAAGAAGAACUGAUGAAAGUGGGUGUGUUGAGGCGCGUGCACGGACAGCAGUGCGUUUCCGCGAGGGAUUAACUGAAAUCGGGAGCAAAAACGGAAAGAGCAGGAUAAAGCAAAAAAGACCCAAAUUGAAGCUGCUUUGAACAAGUCCGACCGGAAAUCUGUCGAAAAUUACCGGAAACUGUGGAGGGGAACUUUUCCAUGAACUGCGUUAGUCUUUUGACCCACGCACACAAGUUGCGUUCCAGAGCUGAGGAGCACAGAGACUGAAGGCUCUGUUCCCCGUGGUGACGAGACGGGCACAAGGAACAAUAAGACGAGUGGCAGAUGAGGACCUGAGGGAACGGGAAGCAGUGGAGAUGUGAAGCAGAUCACACAGGCUCUACCUUCCAACAUGCCUGUGGACAUGGCCAUCAGGAUCUGCCUUGCUAGCUCUCCUCCACUGCACUCCUUCCUCAGUAACCAUGACAACCAUCUUUACACGCCAGCCUCUGUGUCACCACACUGUCAACCACUGCGACCCUGUCUGUCUUCCGAAUGCUGCGCCACUGUUGUCAUCGCAACCAAGGAUGCAACAUGCAUGUCUGUGGAGAGCAGUGACCAGGUGAGGGGGAAGAGCCAGAAGAAAAGUGUGGUAUUUGCAGACUCUCAGGGUUUGGCACUCACCACCGUCCACAUGUUCUCUGAGACUGUGGACGAGCAGCUGGCUGAGCUGAAGUUCCACCUGACGGAGAUAGAGGACAACACCGAGAAACUCUACCUGGGAGACAACAAAGAUUCACCAACUUCUGGUUUGGGUCUGGUUCUGGAUUUUACCCCACCAGCUGCAGACUAUCUGGAUCUGAGGAACCGGCUUAAAGCUCAACAUGUUUCUCUAGAGACCUGUUCUGUACAGGAAAACCUCCUUUCUGGUACCAUUCAGGUCCAAAACAUCUGCUUUGAGAAGUCUGUUUUAGUCCGGAUCACCUUCGACUCAUGGACGUCCUUCCAGGACAUUGAGUGCCGGUACUUGAAUAACGUCUAUGGCUGCCCCGACACAGACACCUUUGCCUUCUCUGUUGCAGUGCCGCAGAACCUGGACUCCUCCUACAGUGUGGAAUUCUGCAUCCAGUACCAGACAGAAGACCAGACCUUCUGGGACAACAACCUGGGGAACAACUACUGCCUAAUGACUGUAAAGCUGAACGGCUCUUCAAACCAACUCCCUGAAAGGAGCUCUGGACUGGAGACCCGGAGGGAUAGAGAGAAGAUGGAUGAGAUGGAGUUUGACCCGUUAGGAAGUCCCAGGACCUCCGCAAGCAUUUUCUCUGAGUGGCAAAGCUGGAGUCAUUUUGAGACCAGCGCCCCCUACUGGUGA